AUUUCAGGAACCUAAUGUUUUUUUCUUGAGCGAAACUUCCGAAGUCUUGAUCUUCGCUUCACCUGGCUUCAUCGAACGAGGAAGUGAUUAUUUCUAAAACGUAUUGUUUUUGCGUCCACCGCCUCUGAUAUAAACAAAGUUUUGGAGUCUCUGUAACAAAGGUAUUUUGAAAGAAUGCGGUGCGCCUCAUUUAUUCGCACUGCCUUGGUCGUAAUGAUUGGGUUGUGGAUGGGCGAGGCUCAAGAAUGUGGUCGGCCACAAAUGCUGAACCGAAUAGUCGGAGGUUCCUCUGCGUCGGAAGGCGCGUGGCCGUGGCAGGUGGAUAUUCAGACUGACAGUCAAGGACAUGUGUGUGGAGGAACUAUCAUCUCGGAGAGCUGGGUGCUGUCUGCUGCACAUUGCUUUCCCAACCCCAAUGACAUCUCCCAAUACACCAUUUACGCGGGCCGCCAGCAGCUGAACGGCUGGAACAAGGGCGAGUCCAGCCAUAGGGUCCGCCGCGUGGUGGUUCCUCUGGGUUACACGGACCCUCAGCUGGGUCAGGAUAUCGCUCUCGUGGAGCUGGCCACGGCUGUCAUGUGGUCCGAUCACAUUCAGCCUGUCUGCUUGCCAUAUGCCAAUGUGGAGUUCAGCAGCGACAUGAGGUGCAUGAUCACUGGAUGGGGUGACAUCAGAGAUGGAGUUGCUCUGCAGGGUGCUGGGCCGUUGCAGGAAGUCCAAGUGCCAAUCAUUGACUCGAAGACUUGUCAGGAUAUGUUUCUGAUAAACCCCACAGAGAACAUUGACAUCCGCUAUGAUAUGAUGUGCGCUGGAUUCCAACAAGGAGGCAAAGACUCCUGUCAGGGCGACUCUGGCGGUCCUCUGGCGUGUCAGGUCAGUGAUGGAAGUUGGGUGCAAGCUGGAAUUGUGAGCUUCGGCCUCGGCUGCGCUAAACCAAACCGACCGGGAGUGUAUGCUAAAGUAUCCAGCUUCACCAACUUCAUCCAGAGUCACGUUGGAGGAGUCCAGCUCAAGAGCGCAUCGGGUCACAUCUGGGCUGACCGGGUCAUGGUGUUCAUCAGGACUCUGGUGUUACUGGUAUUGGUGCAGCUGCUGAGAUAAACACACACACACACACACACACACACUGAUCCUCGCACUUGCCAAAAACCUCCCAACCCCAAAACACCGACCUACACAAAGAGAUUCUAACGCCAUAAGUAGCUUUUUAAUCAGUUUUUAAACAACUUUUUAUAUCAUGUAGUUUCCUGUGUGGUUUGUACCAAAAAUACGCACCGAAUGAAAUGGAAAAUAAAAGCAUGUCUUUUACCACUUGAUUAAUAUAUUCUUUUAACUAUUUGAAACUGAAGAACACUGAGAUGAUUGUGUAGUUAAACUGUGCAAAUGAUGCCAUUUUUUUAAACUGAAACCCUCAAAUGGUUCUCGUGGGCAGCUUACACGCAUGAGAUUUGGCAAUCAUGACGCUUAUUAAAUUAUUAACGGACACUUAUUUGAUCCAGCCUUUUGCACAGCAGUUAUCUACCUUUUUGUAUCAGGACAUGUAAAAAUUUUUAAGAUCACCCGUGCAAUUAGAUGUGAAAUAUUUAGCGUUUUUCUAAAGACGGUUGUAUAUUUGUAUCUCUUGGUGACUGUUUCUCUUUAAAUGCUGUAAAUAACUUUGUAAUAAAGUGAUUUUUGUAACCGCUA